CACACACUCCCCCUCAGACCGACUCACACACACCAGAGGACACUGCGCAGCGCUGAAGACUCAACAAGACAGCGGGGAUCUGAUCUGAAACUUAAAACACAGAUAAGCCUCAUUUCAACACAAAAUAAUUACCUUUUUUUCCCACUGCAGAAGAAUCUCAAGAUUAAACAUGACGAGAGGAGAAUGUUUCACUUUAACAACUUCAAGAAAAUUGACAUUUUAGCGUCCAGGAUCACACAGACGUACACCUCUCCUCCUCUGCAGCCUGAACAGCCUCCAACCCUCCUGAAUCUGUUCUAACAUCAUGGACCUCCUUGGUUCUUCGCCUCCGACCUCUCUGUACCCUCUCCCUGUGAACUGCAGCUCCUCCUCCUCUCCUCCCACCUCUGCCUCCCCCAGCUUGGCGUCCACGGCUCUGUUCUGCGCCCUCCUCUCGCUGCUCUCCCUGCUGGGCAUCACGGGGAACCUCUACACCUUGGUGCUCCUCCUGAGGCGCAGCCGAGGCCGGAGGCGGCGCGGGGCCAGCUGCUGCUUCAGGAUCCCCGUACCGUCCUGCCUCGCCCCGACCACUUCCCCGUCCUCCUCCCCCACCUCCUCCCCGUCCUCCUCCUCCUCCCUUCACCUCCAGGUGCUGAGCCUGGCUCUGGCCGACCUGCUCUACCUCUUCACCGCCCCGUUCAUCGUCUACAACAGCCUGGUGUCUGAGUGGGCCUUCGGGGAGCUGGGGUGCCGCCUCAUCCUGAGCCUGGACUUCCUCACCAUGCACGCCUCCAUCUUCACCCUCACGGCCAUGAGCCUGGACCGGUACCGGGCCGUCGCCCACCCCCUGCGCACCUCCUCCUCCAGCUCCUCCAACCUGCUGCGGGUGGGCCUGGCGUGGGGCCUGGCGGUGGCCCUCAGCCUGCCCAUGAUGAUCACCCUGCACCUGGAGGACGGCGAGAACCACAAGGGCCAGCUGUGCGUCCCGGCGUGGGACGAGCAGAGCUCCAAGGUUUACCUGAGCGUGCUCUUCUGCACCAGCAUCCUCGGCCCGGGGCUGGCCAUCGGGGCUCUGUACGCCACGCUCGGACGGCUUUACUGGGUGUCGCAGACCCGGCCGGCCUGGGCCGCCGGCAACAACAGCGCGUGCCCUCCUCGAGCGCCCAAACCCAAAGUCCUGCUCCUCAUCCUGGGUAUAGUCCUGGCCUUUUGGGCCUGCUUCCUUCCUUUCUGGAUCUGGCAGCUGCUCCCCCUCUACCAGCCCGACAUGCUCCCAGCAGUACCAGUCGGGACACAGGUGACGGUGAACCGGAUCCUCACAGGGCUCACCUACGGGAACUCAUGUGUCAACCCGUUCUUCUACACACUUCUGACUGGCAAACAAAAACGCAGUCGCCAGGUGCCCGCACCUGCAAAUCAGCUCUGCCGCAAGAGCCCACCUCUGCAGUAACGUCUGACGCUACGGGAUAAAUCUUGUGCCAACAGGAACUGAAUUUGAAUUGCUCAGAUUGAAUCUUAAUGUGCAUAAAAUGCUACAUUUUAUCCAAAUUUUUGUUACAUUUUCUACAUAUAGGUCAAAUUAAUCACUGUAAUAAAGUAACUUUG